AGUGGCAGUAUUUGGCAGAUUUCCAAUUUAAACUGUCGUAACUUUCACUGUUCAUGAGAUACAGCCUGGUGAUGGACAGACAGACAUGCAAGUUUUAGUAAUAUGGUUCCCGUUUUAUCCUUUGGUCCAAAUGUUUAUGUUUUUUGUUCAUUAAGCACAGAAAGUUCUUCAAACCAUAUCAAUUAUUUUUACAUUGUCUUGUCUGGAAAAAGGAACGUACCUAUUUAGUUAUCUAUGUUCAUGCAAUAAAAAUGAAAUUUUUGCAUAUUUUUAACAUUUCAGGUAGUUGAUGAUCAAAAUUUUCCUAAUAAGAUUUGUAAUAGAUGUUUGGACCGUACUUUGAGUUCAUAUUUGUUCAGUCAACAGUGUGAACAAUCAGAAAGAGCACUACGUAACUGUUUUGAAGACAUAUAUGACAAAUUAGAAAAAUUAGAUCCAUUAGAAAAGCAGAAGAAACCAGGGAGACAGAAAUUACAUCUGAAUCAUAAUAUUUUAUAUGCUGAACAUGAGAAAGUUAUAGAUUAUGCUGAACCACUUAUUACCAUGGUUAAUACAGCUACAGAAUUCAUAGUAAACAAUAAUGAUGCAAAGAAUAAUGCGAAGUCUAAAAUGUCUAAUUAUAUUUGCCCCAAAUGUUGCCAAAAGAUGCCUAGUCUUGAAUCAUUGCUGAAUCAUGAAAAAAGUCAUCCGUCUAGUAUGUUAUAUCAUUGCCAUUUGUGCGGUAAAUCUUUCCCAAAACGAAGCUAUUUGAGAAGACAUAUUCCUGGACAUACUUUGGGAAAACAGGUUUUGCAAAAUACAGACUUCAAAUGUCUCGAGUGUAAUGUUGUGAGUAAAGAUUAUCAUAUACAUUUACAACAUAUAGAGAAACACAGGUUUAAACAAGCCAUACAAAAUUUGAUACUGAGAAAAACGGAUAAACUUUGUGCUGUUUGCUUGAAUAAUGGUACACAUUUAAUUGAGCUGGAGGAUAUGAUUUGCCUCCAUGGAGGUUACCCUGAAAUGAUGGGUGAUCGAACUAUGUACCAAAUAUUGGGAUCUACUGUUCCUGAAAAGUCAUCCUACAAAUAUCGAGAGUUAUUGUUACCUUCUCAAGCCAAGAUAUUAACCAUUAAGAAACUUCAAAAAGUUAAAGCAGAUUCAAAACUGAACUUCAUCUUAUCUCAUCCUUAUGUUAUAUCAAAAGACAAUAUUAGCUUUGACAAAUCAGACCAGUUUGUAUUUACUUCUCCAUAUAAAAAUCUCAAUUUACCUGAUGGAUUCGAUGAUUCCUAUGCUUAUGAUGAAGUUAAUGAAAUAAAAAACACAGAUGACAAGUAUCUAUCUCAUGAUAAAGAAAGACCAGUUUCAAGUGGUUCUUUCAAAGACAUCAACAAAUUUUCAAAAACAAAUAAUUUUGAUACAAUUAAAAAAACAGAAGAUGAACAUGUUUUAAGAGACACUUAUAAAAUAAAUAAAUCAUGUAAGACAUGUUGGAUAUUUAAGAGCUCUUCCUAUAAAACUUGUUUGGGACACAUAGAUGGUGUUGCUGCGGAGAAAAAUAAUUCUUUACUGAACCAACAAGACAUUGAACUUUACAAACAACCGUGUCCAUCUUGUUGGUUAUUUAAAAAUUGCAAAGAAUGUGAAUAUUGUAAGAAACAAAAUAAUGAAACAACAUUCAAUACUGACACUAUUCCAGAAUCCUCUUCACAAAUAAAUGUUUGUGAUAUACAAAAUAAUUUAAAUGUUCGGGAAGGUAAUAAAUUUCUAAUAAAAUCACGUGAUGAUAAAACUGAUGACGUAGUUUGUCUCAAAAAGAAAAAGAGAAUAGAAGACCAAUCAGAUUGCAGAAUACAUCAAGAUAUAGUUAAAACGAGAAAACGAAAAAUCACAAAUGAAGCUGAUGAUGCGAAAGCAAAGAAAUCUAAAUGGGAAUGUAAAAUUUGUUUGAUGAUGAACACUAACAGACAAUUAUGUUUUUGUUGCGAUGCGCCAAGAACUUUAAAUCAAAUUAAAUUUAAAUUUAAUAAAGAUUUUUUUAAAGAUUUGAAUAAUAAAAAAAAUAAUACUGGACAUUCGUCAAAAGUCGAACCAGAAACUAAUUCAAAAGUCGAUGAAGCAAUAUCAGUUGUCAAUGAAUUUGAAAAUAUAGCAAUUUCAGGUGCUGUUAAAGGUGACAUCGGAGGUAUCACAGCGCUUAAUCAUGGAGUUACUUAUGAUUCUUGUGAUGGUAUGAAAGUAGAUCCUAAUAUUAAUGUUGAUAACAUUGAUUUCAAUUCUAUGAAUACUCAAACUCAACAUGUAGAAGAAAUGGAGAUAGUUGACGAUACACCACAGAUCGAACAAAACACGAAAACUCUGAAAGAUACCAUUCAAGUAAAUCCUUCAUACAGCGUAAUAGAGAUAUCGCCGUUUCAUUUUAACAUAGGAAUCGGAACAACUACGCCUAAAAGUUCUGAAAGAAAAAUAAUGAGGUCCCGUAAAAAGAGUUACGCGUAUAAAAAAAGUACAAUUAACACAAUGGGUGAAGAAUUUUGAAAAUCUUGAAAAAUCAAGAGUCAAGUCAAAACGUUAUGUCGUGUAUGUGCGAUUGAUUAUAAAACCAAAUUUAUUUAAAGAGUGUUCAAAAAUUAAUGAGAACCAUAUAAACAAUAUGAAUUGUAGGUUAGGUAAUGUUUCUAAGAAUAUUAUGCGAAUAUAUACUUUGCUAUAGUAGUCUUAGACAAAAUAAGCAAUUGGUUGUGGCAUGUUCCAUUGAAUUGAAUGUAGUAGACAAACGAAUUACGAAGCUUAUAUACAACGCAACACAUAAGAGAGAUUAUAUUAUUGAAAGCUUUUGCAUUUACUUAAAAUCUAAAUAAUAUCGAUACAUCAGAUUUGUGAAGCAAAAUAUCAAUAUCGACUGCAAUCGAUAUAUCAGUAUUUUAAUAAAACUUUCAUCCCCUCUACUUACAUAUGGUAUGGUGGUACUCCAAUCCCACCAUAUACACAGCAUCUUGUUGCA